AUGAUGGGCAAGGUAAUACGCAAGGUCACAAAUAAGCGGGUCCAAGCUUUCAAGGUGGACAUAGGCCUCCACAACAAAAAAGAAACUACCACCACAACAAUGGCAAUAAUUAAGAGAGCUCAAGGCGGUUUACCUUCAACCACGGAAUCUAAUCCGAGGGAACAACUCAAAGCGGUUGAGCUUAAGAGUGAGAAGACACUUGAGAAGGCUAAUGAUAAGAGGCCAAGAAUUAAAAAAGAUGAGCCUAUUGUUGUUGAAGACAUUACAUGCUCUAGCAAAGAAUUGCCAAGGGUUAGUGAGGAGGUAGUUAUUGAAGCUGAGGAGUCAUAUGUGAGACCACCUUCACCUUCUCCAUUUGCACCUAAGGUACCCUUUCCAGGUAAAUUGAAGAAAGUGCCCGAUACUCAAAAAUUUCACAAGUUCUUGGAGAUAUUCAAGAAGCUCCAAAUCAACCAUAGCCUUGCGGAUGCCUUGAGGGAGAUUCCCCUAUAUUCUAAGUUCAUCAAGGACAUUAUCAUGAACAAGAGGAGUUGGGUGAAAGAUGGCACUAUCUUUCUACAGAAAAGUUGUAGCUCCAUCAUACAAAGUGUUUUGCCAACAAAACUAAAAGAUAUAGGGAGUUUUACUAUUCCUUGA